UAUUGAAGCAAUCAAGACAUUGAAGCUAACACGACAACAAAAAAUAUUUAAAAGAAAUACUCAACUUUCAAGACCAAAUAUAUUUGCCAUAAAUACCCGCCAUCAUGAGCAACAUCAGCAACGACAGUGGUUUGGAUGACUCCGCAAACUGUGGUGCCGUGGCCAAUGCCAAUGGUCCUUUGGCGGCCACUCGAUUGUCCUGGUUCCUGGCCGAAGUGGAUGAUGGCUCGAUGACGAGUGGGAAGCCGAAUGGCCAGCGGCGGCUCUGCGUACUCCACUCCAUGGAACUGCUGGAAUCCGAUGUGUCCGACAAAUACAUGACCCGUUUCGUAGAGUUCCGGGUCAAUGGAAUGGUGGUGGAGGCGAAGCUCAUUCUGGCGGCGGAUGAGAGGCGCCUGGUGGAUGCAGCUUUGCUUUCCAUGAGCAAGGAGGAGCGCGAGGAUGAGAGUGCCCAGCAACUGUUGGUUCAGUACACCGAAAACGAGGAAGCGGGCGAGCGUCUCGUCCAGAAACUUGUCUCCCCCAACAAUGUGAUGUGGAUGAGCACCAAGCCGGAGCUGAAGGGUAGUCCCCUGGUGAGCCUGGCUCCCGGAUGCAUUGCCCAUGUUUUAUAUGCCUACGAGCAACGCGAUUACAUGGAGAAGAUCCUACUGCACCUGAAAGCCCGCAGCUUUGAUCUCGCCUUCGAUGACAUUUUGGAAACUGAACCGGAGGCCAUGACCGAUGACACAUGGAUGCUGGUGCAGUACAGUCCCGAGCCGGAGAUGGUGGUCUACCAGGUGGUGCAGUACAGGCAGACGGUGUGGCGCAAGGAGAAUCUCUUCAAGGAUGUGAUUGCUUACAUGCAACCGCCUGGCAGCGAUAUCGUCCUGCAGGCCGUCGUCAUUAGCUAUGGCCAGGAGAAAGGUGUCCAGGAGGCCAAGUACGAAGAGCUGCGAAGAUUCCCCUUUGAUAUAGACUUCCCUCUGCCCGAGGAACUGGAUAAGCAUCCGGAGCACGGCACCUCCACAGCCCUCUUCUCUCGCACCAGCUUGUACCAGAAAGCGGAGCAGCGGGAUUCAACUGGCGAGCACAAGGAGCUGCGAAAAAGUCUGGAGCAGAUGAGCGAGAAGGCGCAGGGCGAGGCUCAGAUGAUCAUUGAUGCCUUCGACAUGGUGGAAAAUAUCAACAAGAAUCUGCAGAGCCGAUUGUCCGGAGAAACGCAAUUGGCCGUGGAAACAACAUCCGGAGACGAGCUUAAUUGAUCUGAUAGAACACACAAAUCUUGAUUAUACAUAUAGCCAGUUAAGUUACUUAUAAAGUAUACAACUUACAAAAUUUACAAAAUAGGUCAUCAAAUUGUAAAAUAAGUCUCCAAGUUAAAGAAUAUAUAUAUUACUGACAUUUUGUCAGCCAAAAAAUCAUCGUUUUUUACCAAAGUA